GCCCGGCUGAUUGCUUCCUUGACGUUUUCCCAGAGUGCUGUGCUAGUUAGUCUCUGAAUAUUUUCGCCAUUUUUUUGAAAGUUGGCACUGCAGUGGGAGACUGAUAUCCAUGACAUUGUUUCAUUAAUAUAUUUUGAGGGAUUUGAUUUUAAUUACAACUGGUUGGAGAGCUUGUAUUGCGUCACUAUGGAAUUUCAAGGAGCCGAACCAAUGACAUUGGGUUCCCCUUCAUCUCCAAAAGCUGGAGGUGGUGCUCAGUUUCUGCCUGGAUUUCUUAUGGGAGAUCUUCCAACACCUGUGACUCCUCAGUCUCGUAGCUUAGGUGGCCCCUCUGUGGGCAUUAUGGAAAUAAGGUCUCCACUGCUAUCAGGAGGUUCUCCGCCUAAGCUUGUUGUUCCAGCUCCGAAAGAUAAAAGUGGUGCACCACCAGUUAGAAGCAUUUAUGAUGACCUACCAAGUCCAGGACUUGGACUCACUCCACUGAGUUCAAAGAAACAGGCAACUUUUUCAGCAGUGCAGACACCAUUGUGUGGGUCUUUUUCAGUAACUCCUGUAACAGCUGCGAAUGUGUUCAGUCCAGCAAGUAUUGGCCAAUCUAGAAAGACUGUCUUGUCCCCAGCACAGGUUGAUCCUUUCUACACACAAGGAGAUGCACUGUCAUCUGAAGACCAGCUGGAUGAGACGUGGGUGACUGUUUUUGGGUUUCCUGCUGCUUCAGCUUCGUAUAUUUUACUCCAGUUUGCACAGUAUGGCAACAUCUUAAAACAUGUGAUGUCCAAAAAUGGUAAUUGGAUGCAUAUUCAUUAUCAGUCAAAGCUUCAAGCCAGGAAAGCAUUAAGCAAAGAUGGCAAGAUCUUUGGAGACACCAUCAUGAUUGGAGUUAAGCCUUGUAUAGAGAAGAAUUGUAUGGAAUCUGUAGAUUCCGCUUCUAGUACCCAGUCUAACCAUGCAACUCCACCUGUUAGCACAAUUCCCACCGGUACUGAGCUGCCUGUUUGUCCUCAGAGGAGUGCACUCAGGUCACUCAACAGCAAGUACAAAGCUAGUUCUUCUACUGUCAAGGUGAUCACAGACAAACAAACUCCCAAAAAAGAUGAAAGCUUUGUAUCAAAAGCUAUGGAAUACAUGUUUGGAUGGUAGCAGAAUGAAAGUAUUGGAGGUGAACAGAUUAAAACAAAGGACAUGCUUACACUAAAAUCUUGAUAAAGAGCGAUCAUUUUGUGUACACCGCCUAUGCCCAUCGGUUAGUUUUAUAACCGGCAUCUGGAGCAUUUUCAGAAUACAGCACGUUUCUUAUAAACUAAAUGAAUGGUAUUUGCACUUUAUACUGUUUGAGAGUAGCAGAAUGUUUGUGGUUGCAGUGUUGACACUGUAAAAUAUGCAUUACAGAAAUAUGUAUGUGUUGGUUCAAAACUGCCAAGGUAGUACUAAGUUAAAGCAUCUUGAUAUUGGCGUGGAUCGACUGGUCAGCAGUUUGAACUGCAUUUUCCAUUACUGAUUUGUACAUUUCUUUUAAUGAACAGUCUGUGCUGGUACUGAAUUUGAGAUGCCACAGAAUAGAGGACUGUGUAGUUUGAAGUCUACAUGUUGCUGCUACAAGGAUAUGUGUAUUUGUGCGUCUUACAAGUGAAUGUGAUUCACUUUUUAAACUUUGUUACAUUGCUUUUAUUAUACUAAAGCUACCAAAUAUAUUUUAUUGGCUUUAUCUAUAAAAACUGAUUAAACAAAUCUGUA